AUGGGUUUGCGGACCGACGUAUCAACCGGGAACGGCGCUGUGUUUAGCGAAGAUGUUCUCAAGAUCGAGGUGCAGGGACCACACGAGGACUAUCUCACCAUUAUUGAUGUCCCAGGGAUAUUCCGUACCACUACGCAGGGGACCACCAAAGAUGACAUGGUCAUUGUGAGAGACCUGGUCAAGAAGUAUAUCAAAGACGAUCGCACUGUUAUCUUAGCAGUGCUGCCGGGUAAUAUCGACAUUGCCACGCAAGAGAUCUUAGAGCUUGCGGAAGAUUACGACAAGAAUGGUGAGCGUACCCUCGGUGUGCUCACCAAACCCGACUUGGUACUUGAACAGAGUGCCCAAGCUGCCGUCUGUGACCUUGUCAAGGGCAAGAAACGACCACUUACUCUUGGCUACUUCCUCGUCCGCAAUCGUGGAGCAAGUGGCAGCUCAAAGGAGCAGCCAGAGCUUGAUCAGAUAUUCCGACAACAACCAUGGAUCGGCCUUCCACCGGAUCGGGUAGGCAUUCCAGCCCUCAGAGAGCGACUCAUGUCCCUUUUAGUCGAGAAUACCCGACGCGAGUUUCCCAGAUUGCUCCAGGAUGUCAGCAAGCAAAUCAAAGAUUGCAAGAGGGAACUACAGAGUCUUGGGCCGCCUCGCCAGGAUGAGCGCGAGCAACGUAUUUUCCUCAGUCGCAUUGCCGAGAUUUUCCAGGAUCGGGCUAGGGCAGCUUUGGCUGCGGAUUAUAACGCAGAUCCGGUUUUUGACAAAGACGAGCUCCGUCUCAUCACCACGUGUGCCGAUUUUCAACUGGGCGCCCAUUCACGACACUUCGAGGAAUCGUCUGUAGCAUCUGAUACCGAUGAAGAUUCCGAUCUUGAAGAGUUCCCCCGAGUUGAGUCGAUGAUAGACAACCUGCGAGUGUUCCUCGAAAUGACAGGAGUCGACGAUGUUGCGCCGGGGGAGCUUGCCGAACUUGGUGACAUUAUUGUCCCUAUCCCACCGCACCAGAUACCAAUGCCGCGUGAAAAUCUUUCUGCAUGGAUGAAUAACGUCUACUUGACAUCAAGAGGCUUGGAUCUUGGCACCUUCAACGCAAACUUUGUUGCUACGGCUUUUGCAGAGCAAUCACGUAAAUGGGGCGACAUGACUAAGAUCUAUAUGAGUCGGGUUAUCAUCACCCUUCAUCGCUUCAUCGCCGCUGCAAUUCAUUCCAUAUGUUCCGAGGAGCAAACCCGUAGUCAUUUAUGGUCAGCAAUCCUCGAGAGCCUUGUGGAACGCUACAAGACGGCAAUGGCCCAAGCGAGCCUAUUGAUCGAAGUUGAACAGCGCAAGAAGCCGUACACGCUCAACAAACAGUUUGCCGACGCUCUAUCGAAGGCUCGAGGCUAUCGAGUCACCGAGCUCCUGCGUUCUAAGGCUAGAAAGGACAACAAGCAGAACGGAAAGAUUCAGUUGAUGGUCAACUUGAACGACAUCGCCGAAGCUGCCGAAGGCAAAAGCAAUGUGGAGCAGUUGCAGGAAGAGAUUCAUGACAUUCUUCAAGCUUACUACAGCCUGGCACUUGACCGAUACCUUGACAAUAUCUUCCAGCUCGCUGUUGACUACUGCCUGUUGCAUGGCCCUUCUAGUCCCUUGAAAGUGUUCACUCAGGACUGGGUUAUCAACUUAGAAGCCGAGCAGCUUGAACGGAUCGUCGGAGAGACUAAGUCUUCCAAGAGGUGCCGCACGAAACUUGCAAAGAAGAUUGCAGAUUUGACUGACGCAUUGAAGAUCCUCAAGACCUAG